GCGAGCUGAGAAGGCGGAAGCAGCGGCGGCCGCGGCUGGGGCUGAGGCUCCGGCCGUCGGCGGACGCAGCAGCCGCGGCCCACGAACCGGCAGUUUGGCGUCGGAACCACUAGGUCUCAGAGUGCCGCGUAUGAAGGCGACGCAGCGCAGCCCGGGGGAGCCUUCCCAGUUGGCUGUGAAGUUUCUGAGUGUGCGAUCGAUUGACUGACAACAAAGCUACUAUGAGUCUCUUAAACUGUGAAAACAGCUGUGGGUCCAGCCAGUCGUCAAGUGACUGCUGUGCUGCCAUGGCCGCCUCCUGCAGUGCUGCAAUGAAAGAUGACUGCGUGAGUGGCUCUGCCAGCACGGGGCACCUCUCCAGCUCCUUCAUGGAGGAGAUCCAGGGGUAUGAUGUGGAGUUUGACCCGCCUUUGGAAAGCAAGUAUGAGUGCCCCAUCUGCUUGAUGGCUUUGCGGGAACCAGUGCAAACACCAUGUGGCCACAGGUUCUGCAAAGCCUGCAUCAUCAAAUCCAUAAGGGAUGCAGGUCACAAGUGCCCAGUUGACAAUGAAAUACUGCUGGAAAAUCAACUGUUUCCUGACAAUUUUGCAAAGCGAGAGAUUCUUUCCCUGACAGUAAAGUGCCCAAAUAAAGGCUGUUUGCAAAAGAUGGAACUGAGACAUCUCGAGGAUCAUCAAGUACAUUGUGAAUUUGCUCUAGUGAAUUGUCCCCAGUGCCAACGUCCUUUCCAAAAGUGCCAGGUUAAUACACACAUUAUCGAGGACUGUCCCAGGAGACAGGUUUCUUGUGUAAACUGUGCUGUGCCCAUGGCAUAUGAAGAGAAAGAGCUCCAUGAUCAGAGCUGUCCUCUGGCAAAUAUCAUCUGUGAGUACUGUGGUACAAUCCUCAUCAGAGAACAGAUGCCUAAUCAUUAUGAUCUAGACUGCCCAACAGCUCCGAUCCCUUGCACAUUCAAUGUUUUUGGCUGUCAUGAAAAGAUGCAGAGGAAUCACUUGGCACGACACUUGCAGGAGAAUACCCAGUUGCACAUGAGACUGUUGGCCCAGGCUGUUCAUAAUGUUAACCUCGCUUUGUGUCCAUGUGAUGCUUCCUCUCCAUCCCGGGGAUAUCGCCCAGAGGACCCAAAUUAUGAGGAAACUAUCAAACAGUUGGAGGGUCGCCUAGUAAGACAGGACCAUCAAAUCCGGGAGCUGACUGCCAAAAUGGAAACUCAGAGUAUGCAUGUGAGCGAUCUCAAACGGACCAUCCGAACUCUUGAGGACAAGGUUGCCGAAAUGGAAGCACAGCAGUGUAACGGGAUUUACAUUUGGAAGAUUGGCAACUUUGGGAUGCACUUGAAAUCCCAAGAAGAGGAAAGACCUGUUGUCAUUCAUAGCCCUGGGUUCUACACAGGCAGACCUGGGUACAAGCUGUGCAUGCGCCUGCACCUUCAGCUACCGACGGCUCAGCGCUGUGCAAACUAUAUAUCCCUCUUUGUCCACACAAUGCAAGGAGAAUAUGACAGCCACCUCCCCUGGCCCUUCCAGGGAACCAUACGCCUUACAAUUCUUGAUCAGUCUGAAGCAGUUAUAAGGCAAAACCACGAAGAGGUCAUGGAUGCUAAACCAGAACUGCUUGCCUUUCAGCGACCCACAAUCCCACGGAACCCCAAAGGUUUUGGCUAUGUAACAUUUAUGCACCUGGAAGCCUUAAGACAGGGAACUUUCGUUAAGGAUGAUACAUUAUUAGUUCGCUGUGAAGUCUCUACCCGCUUUGACAUGGGUGGCCUUCGGAAGGAGGGUUUCCAGCCACGAAGUACUGAUGCAGGGGUGUAGUGUCCAUUUACUUGUGUUCAAAAACAAAGAACCAUAUGGAAAAGCCAUGCUUUCUGUGCCCGGUCCCAGUAAACAAUAGUCAAACAAGCAGUGGGAGAGGUGUGAGGCCUAGCAGCAGAUGUCAUCAGUGAGAUCACAUUCCACUCCUCACUGUUGACAAAUAUCUGAGGCAAUUCCCAUGGAAACCUACACGUCCCCUCUGUCUUCAACACCUUCACAUUUAAGGGCCUGUGGCUCAUCUGUUUGUCAGGGUACCUCUUCACUGUGCUUCCAUGGGCUUCUCGGAUGUCCAUGUACUUUACUGUAAAACAAAGGCCAGAGUUAGUGUGCUGAAACUCAGUCGUUUAAUAAUGCUGGUGCCUUAACAACUCGAGGUGUUUUAGGACACUUUACUUUAUUAAACAUGAGAAUCACCACUGCCUGUGCUGGUGCCAGUGGAAAAGUUACUGCUCUGGUGUUGAGUUCUCAUUGUAGUUGACUCCUGUGAAUUUCAGAGGCUUUGAACCAUGGUCCCUGGAAAGCUUAAGUUCUCAUGUACUCCCUCCUCCAUUGUUCACUAAGGAUCCAGGGACCGGUUUAACCCUUACUUAUUUAGUGUGAAUGUAUUGUCCAUUGAACACCAAGCAUUCUCCCCUGCUUUCAUAUUUUGAAAUACGUUCCCGGCAGCAUCUUCCCAGUUUGUAAUACUGUGGUCACAUGGUUGCUAGCUGUUGAGUAUUAUUGCCAUGUAACCUUUCUUGCCUGUUCAGUGCAGCUUGGUUUCCACAGCCCGUUGCACAUCUUCUGUUGCUUGCAAAUACAAAAUCACCAGCCUGAGCAAGUGAUUGAGCUCAUCGGCCAUUAAAUGGCACCUCAUAGGUGAUGACAGCAACUCUUACAGCCAGGGAACUUCAGCCCUCUUAACUAACUUUUGAUUUAGCUUAGUUAAUUGAAACAAAAUUGAUUUCUCCAAGGGGCUGGAGAAUUGGCUCAGUGGUUAAGAGCAUUCGCCGCUCUUCCAGAGGACCCCCAGUCUGUAACUCCAGUUCCAGGGGUUCUGACACCCUUAUACAGACACUCAUACAGGCAAAACACCAGUGCACACAAAAUUAAAUAAAUAAAUAAAUAAAUAAAUAAAUAAAUAAAUAUUGAUUUCCUCAAAACAGAAUUUAUUGGAACUUGGGAAAUUGUAGGCACCUGAGAGAUGCCUAAUCCAAGGUUGGCUCUCACGGCUGUGUGGACGCUCAGCUUGAGUGGUGGCUUUAGUCCAGCUCAGUAGAGGUUCUGAGCAUAUUCUGUGGAAUGUAUUAGCAUGGCAGGUGUCCCUAAUGUGGAGAGGUGACUGUUGUGCUGCUGUGUAUUUGUUAAUGUCCUGUACAUAUGUAGUACUUUGGAAUCUAGUUCUCAGGGAGUCCUACGACUAGUUAGAGCCUUUGUAAGGAAGCGGAGGGAAUCCUCUACUGCUGUUUACACAAGAUCAGCUACGUGUUCUGGUAAUACGGAAGGCAUUCGUAUCUCCAGCUGAAUAGGAGUCCCAGCAGUGCUCAAACCUGCCCUGCUUCCAGAGAAUGCUCAGAGCCCUUGAUCAAGGAGUCUGAUUUUCAGCUGUAGCUAGCAAGAGUCACUUUGACCUCUUCAUGUUUCCCCUUGCUUCCAUUCCACCCAUGAAGGUGAGGGAAAGGCCUUGUCCCUUACCAUUAGCACAAGCUAAUCACAGGUCUCUGGUUGGGUCAUGGAAAUGUGUGUCCCUUAGCUGAGCUGCUUGUAGCACCUUCUACCUAAGGAACGCUGCAUGGCCUCCAGUCUUGUAGUUGUUUCCCAGUGGAUAAAUGUGGCUUUGGUUGUUGUUGUUGUUGUCGUCGUUUUUUUACAGCAAACAGUAGUUAUUUCUAUAUUUAUUUAGAAAUUGCCUGAAGAAAAUGUAAUCAGCUAGUUGAGGACUUAUUUUCUGUAUGUCUUUUUUAACUUUUUUACAUUAAAUAUCACCACAAAAUAUCAGCUCCCCUCCCCCUCUCCGUGUUUCAGAAAAGGAAAUGACAUUUAAGAAUUUCCUGAGCAGAUUUCUCUUUUUAAAAUGUCUCUAUUAGGAAGAACAGCCAUUUCCUGCUUUGGUUUUGACUGUUUUUUUUUUUUUAAGAAAAAAAAAUUUUAGUAUUUUUUUAGGGUUUUUUUUUUUUUUUUUUGCAUAAGUUAAACUGUUCCCAGCUUUAAAUUGUUCCUACCUAUAAAGCAAGUCGGACUAGGUGUUUCUAGUGUCCAUCUUGAGAAGCUCAGUGCUAAGCCACCGAACACUGACAAUGCUCACUAAACGGCUUUAACAGUGGAAAGUUGGUGUGACUGUCCCUACUACUAACACAGAUAUGUCACUUCAGUUUAGGGUCCAUCAGCUAAAAUGCAUCUUAGGUAGUUUUAGAACUUGCAGCAUUUGGUGUUUGUCAUAAGCCAACCAGUUAUUUCAUGAUACUCAAUUGCCAUGAAUUCAGAGUUAAAAUAACCAAGCUGACAUUCAGAGCCAGCGUCUAGAAAGGUCCUCAGGAUCACGUCUUAACUAGAAAGCUGGUUUCUCUAUCCGUACUUCACCAGCUCCCCAACUCCUAACCAUUCUCUUUGUACCAAGUGGCCUACAAGAAUCUACAGUCCAGCGUGCAUUGGCCGUCUUUUCUUACCAGUCUAGAGCAUUGCUAUUUUUAAAGUUGUUUCUCCUUAGAAAAACGCCCAACUUACUAUUGAAGAUUUUUCUCCAAGUCAUACAUAUUCCGAUCAGGCCAGAUGGUGGUUCUAGUGUAGUAAUUGGUUACUGUCCUUUGGCUAUCACCGUUUCUAGCCAUUCUUCUUUCUUUCGGAGAAUGAAGAGGAAAAGUGCAUUAAAGUGCAAGAAGUGUGCCCUCACUCUAGUAAAAGCAACUGACAGGUGUGGGAUGAUCCCCAACCAUUAAGUUCUGUGACUGGUAUAAAGUUGAAUUUGCACCAAUAUCAAACAAAAUCAGACUAAUGUAAAUUAUGUGUGCAAUUAGAAUAUCUUCUUAAGGAGAAGCUGCUUGUUUCUGCUUUAUCUAGAGUUUCCUUUAAUUCUCUUGUGACUAGAAAGCAUUUUAAUUACUAUCGAGGUUAUUCUUAAGACUUUGAAGUGCCUUUCUCUUUUUGUCUUUUCUGACUUGCCUCAGAUUCUCUCCAUCGUCUUAACAUAAAAUGUCAUUACAUUUUUUUCUGGGGUGUUUGGUGAUUAGUUUCCUGGUUGCCUUAAGGGAGUGAACAAGGCAUAGUCAAGAGACAUUUGAUUGUCCGUUGAAAUACUCUUUUUAAAUGUCAGCGUUCUCAGGGUGACUGUCAUUUGUUUCAAAGUUGAUGUGAUUGUCUGGGGAACAGAUGGAUGCUUCCCAAUUCCCAGAAUCCAUAAAAAUGAAACCAGAUGUGAUAACCUGAACUCGGGACACUGGGUCACAAGCCUUGAAGUCACUCGAAAAGGACGAAGCUAUUUAUUUCUGUGUGUUCUCUGUGUCCUUGAUGUUUUAAACUGAUCAACCCCACCCCCACCCAAAAAAUUCAGGUUAGUAAAAAAUAUAAUAAUACAAGAAAACAAUUCUAAUUGAAAACACUGUGGAAUGUGGAGAGGAACUUCUUUUCCUGUCCUGUGUCUCCUCAGCAGAACCCAGCCCUGCCUGACAGAGAAGAAAAGGGUGGCCUGCUGGUCACCUUCCACAAAGAAUGUAGCCCAGACUGUCUCCUGAAAACCCAGUUUCCUUCGGUGCAGGCUCCAGGAUUGGGCAGAGACCCCAUUCUGGUCACUGGCUGAACUCCUGUUCUUAGCAUACUGUGCAUAGUCCUGGCCAAUAGUAACAAGAUUUAAUGGAAGUCAAAGUGGAAGCUGGUUGUUUCUGGGUAGCCUGCUUGUCAUGUAAGUCACUUGGUGAAGUGAGAAUGUUCUUUUUCCUGCUUUUCUGCUAGGACUUUGCUAUGGCAGGUAUGUUUAAAGCCUAGUGACCUCCUACCGUCUAGGAUCUGCAGUGACAUUAGGUUUGCUCUGUGAUUUAAUGUUACUUUAAUGUAAUUUCUAAUUGCUCUUUAAGACUGUUCAAUCCUGAAAUAAUUAAACAACUUGGAGUUGUGUAAAAUUCUCCUCGGAAACUUGUGAUAUUUAUUGUAAUUCACAUUGUAGCUUCUGCUUUAUGCUAACUUAAAAUUUGUGGGAAUGUUAUGAGGAAUUUUAAUCUUAUUUCUUCGUCUACAGGAAUAUUUUUCAUAAAAGAUUUAUUUGGAA